AUGGCUUCCAUCAAGACCAUUUCCCCCUCAACAAAUAAAAUCGUCUGUGAAACUCCAGAGACUUCCCUCGAUGAGGCACGGGACAUAGCUCGGCGAUCUCUGGUCGCCUUCCAAUCCUUCCGCAAGCUCGACUUGGCCCAGCGACGCGCGAUAGUGGAGAAGGGUCUCGCUGGCAUUCAGGAGCGGAAGUUCGAGCUCGGCCGCGAACUCGCUGAGCACAUGGGUCGACCUGUCGCCGCGAGCCACAAGGAGAUCGAGACCAUGCAGAAACGUGCUGACUAUCUCCUCGAUAUCGCCGGAGAGGCACUGGAGAGUCUGCCGGGACGCCCUGAGAAGGGGUUCCGGAGAAAGAUAAAGAAGAUUCCCGUCGGGCCAACCCUUAUUGUUUUUGCUUGGAAUUUCCCUUAUCUCAUCAUCGUCAACGCCCUCAUUCCAGCUCUGCUGGCAGGCAACUCGGUCAUUCUAAAGCCUUCGCCCCAGACACCUCUCGUUGCCGAGCACCUCGUCGAUAUCUUCAACACGGCUGGCUUGCCAAAGGAUGUCCUUCAAGUCGUCCAAUCCGGGGAUCCGGAAGCACUCAGGGAGCUUGUCAAGCUCCCUGAGCUUGGCCUUGUUAGCUUUACUGGUUCUACAGUCGGAGGCCUGGCCAUUCGUGAAGCUACCAGCGGAAGCACCAUUCCUGUCAAUCUGGAGCUUGGGGGUAAUGACCCAGCCUACAUUCGACUUGACGCAGACCUUAAGUACGUCGCCGCUCAACUGGUUGAUGGCGCUGUCUUUAAUUCCGGCCAGAGCUGCUGUGCUAUCGAGCGUAUAUAUGUCCAUACAGAUGUGCACGAUGACUUUGUUCAUGAGGUCCAGGAAGAGCUCAAGAGUUACAGGCUCGGUGAUCCUCUACAAAGAGACACUAUGGUAGGGCCAGUCAUCUCCCGCGCCGCACAGGAGAACAUCAAUGCCCAGAUCCAGGAUGCUCUGGCCAAGGGCGCCGUGGAUGCGACGCCUAGGAACGAGAGCUUCAUCAGUGCCCCCUCCGUUGGCAACUACGUCCCUCCCACUCUUUUGACCCACGUCACGCAUGACAUGGCUGUUAUGCGCGAGGAGACGUUUGGUCCCGUGAUCCCCGUUGCCAGAGUCAAUGAUGAUGAGGAAGCUCUACGCCUGAUGAACGAUAGCGACUACGGCUUGACCGCCAGUAUCUGGACCAAGGAUAUCGCCCGUGGGGAGGAGCUCAUUGAUCAGCUCGAAGCUGGUACCGUCUUUGUCAAUAGAUGUGAUUACCCCAACCCUGAUCUUGCUUGGACUGGAUGGGGGAAGUCUGGUUUGGGGUGUACACUGGGACCUCGUGGCUUCGAUGCGUUUGUUAAACUCAAGAGCUACCAUGUAAAGGAGGCUCAGGCCUAG